UGUCGUUAACAAGCACAAAUUUCCUUAAUUGGAGCAAAUUGUUCUCCUCCGAAGGGGUACGCGUCUCCGGAUAAUGCGAAAUACGCGCCUGUCCAAGGAUUCCCGGGCGUCGCUCCAGCAACAGGGUCCAGGGGAAUAGACAGGACCACGAUUCUCCUUCAAACUUCGGUGUAGUAUACGUUGGAAGAUCGUGAGUAACGGACGUAGGGCUGGUGGUGGCUUAGUCGUGCCGGUAUUUUUUUAUCCCGAUCCUGCUGAAAAGGCGCUCAUUUCACCAGGACAAGCCAUGGAAUACGGCCCCAUUCCUCCGAGCAAGUUCGACGAAGUCAUCCAUCAUCUCAGAUUUAAUUUUCCCGACGAACCCCUCAACGCAUCGGUGGGGCUAUGUAUGCACGGCAAGCCCUGCGAACUCCUGGAACAUCACGACUUAAUGACUCUCAAAGACGGCCUAUCUGUCAUGGCUGUGGAUAAAGAAACGGGAGUGAUAGCGGGGGUAGCUCUAAACGGAAUAGCAAGAAAAGGCGACAUAGAACGGUCUUUGGAAGAGAUGAAGUCCAUCGACAACGUAGCGUAUCAACGAAUAUUCGGCCUACUGAACACCGUCAACAAGGAAAUAGACCUCUUCGGGAAAUACGGCGUAGACAAAAUAUUUGAAUUGCGAAUACUGUCCGUCGAUUCCAAGUACAGGGGGAAAGGAGUCGCUAAAGAGUUGUUCUCCAGGAGUGAGCUGAUUGCAGAGGAAUACGGCUUCGAGCUCAUGAAGGUGGAUGCCACGAGUCUCUUCACGCAGAAAAUCUCCGAAAGCUUCGGCUUCAAGGUGGAGAAAGGCGUCAAAUAUGGAGACUACAAAGAUGCGGACGGCAAGAAGAUCUACGACACCAAAUCGCCCCAUGAUUAUUACAAAGUUAUGAUCAAGCAGCUGCCGAGCAAACCAAGCAACGGCUGAGAGAGGGUGCCGCAGACGAUUUGUUGUUUUAGUUUUUAUCACUUUUGUUACAACUUCUUCAAGCACUGAGCUCUCCGAUUCCGAUAUGCCUAGUGGUUGGAUGUGUUUACCUCUAGAAGGAGCAGAGCUCCUGACGACUGUCAAAAUGUUAAUACUGCCACUGCCAUGCAGUUUUAUACAUUUCAUGUAGAUGUUGUUCCGUUAAACGCCGAGCGUUCCUUCUCCUGACUUUCUGGUGGUGUACAUGCCGUAGCUGAAGGCAAUCUUUAUACGGGCUAAUUGUGA